AGCGGCUCUCUCCUCCAGGGGCGGGGAAGGAAGAUGGCGGCGCCCAGCAACCGGUGAGGAGAGAGGACACGGGGAUCCCCGGGAGCGGCCAGGCUCGCGCGUUAUGGCCGCCUCCCCGCACACUCUCUCCUCACGCCUCCUGACAGGAUGGGUUGGAGGAUGUGUCUGGUAUCUGGAAAGAAGAGCUGUGCAGGAAUCCCCUCACACGGUUAUGCAUCUUUUUAGGAACAUCAAUAAGCAGUGGAUUACAUUUCAGCACUUCACCUUCCUCAAGCGCAUGUACGUCACACAGCAGAACAGAAGCCUCAGCCAGCAAAUCAAGCCGAAGUCAGAACCAGUGGCCUCUCCUUUCCUUGAGAAAACAUCUUCAAGUCAAGCCAAAGCAGAAGUAUAUGAGAUGAAGCCUUUUGCACCUUCUAGCCUACCUUUGUCCAGAAAGCCAAGUGAAACAGAAUUGAUAGAACUAAAAUCUGCCUCAAUAAUUGAAGGCUCAAUAGAUGAGGGAAAAGAGACCAAAGAAGAAACGCGGUGGAAAGAGAUGAAGUUGCAUGUGGACGACUUGCCAGGAAUUUUGGCUCGACUGUCUAAAAUCAAACUCACAGCUCUGGUUGUCAGCACCACUUCUGCAGGGUUCGCAUUGGCUCCUGGGCCUUUCGACUGGUCCUGUUUUCUGCUCACUUCUGUUGGAACAGGCCUGGCAUCCUGUGCUGCCAAUUCCAUCAAUCAGUUUUUUGAGGUGCCAUUUGAUUCAAAUAUGAACAGGACAAAGAACAGACCUCUGGUUCGUGGACAGAUCAGCCCACUGCUCGCUGUGUCCUUUGCCACUUGCUGUGCUGUCCCAGGAGUUGCCCUUCUGACGUGGGGGGUGAACCCACUCACAGGAGCCCUGGGGCUCUUCAACAUCUUCCUGUAUACCUGUUGUUACACCCCACUGAAGAGGAUCAGCAUCGCCAACACUUGGGUUGGGGCCGUGGUUGGGGCCAUCCCACCUGUCAUGGGCUGGACAGCAGCUACCGGCAGCCUCGAUGCUGGAGCCUGCCUUCUCGGGGGAAUCCUCUACUCCUGGCAGUUUCCUCACUUCAACGCACUGAGUUGGGGCCUCCGUGAGGACUACUCCCGAGGGGGCUACUGCAUGAUGUCGGUCACCCACCCCGCCCUGUGCCGGCGCGUCGCCCUGCGCCACUGCCUGGCCCUGAUCGCGCUGUCCUCGGCAGCCCCUGUCCUGGGUGUCACCACGUGGACCUUCCCGGCCAUCUCCCUGCCCAUCAACCUGUACAUUUCCUACCUCGGCUUCCGGUUCCACAGGGACGCGGACCGGCGGAGCUCCCGGAAGCUGUUCUUCUGCAGCCUCUGGCACCUGCCCUUGCUGCUGCUUCUCAUGCUCACCUGUAAGCAGCCGCCAGGCGGGAGCAGCGACAAGGGGGAGCCUCGGAGCUGAAAGCCUGUUGGCACGGGAAAAACAGAAACAAACAGGGAGAAGCACUCUUUCCUGUUGCUGUGAGGCGAGAAUGUUUUGGUAAUUCCGGAGCAGAAAAAAGAAAUCACUGGGUUUAGUACAAGGUUGCAAAACGAUUUGGUGCUUAAUGAUCACACGACAAUUUUUUUAAUGAUGACAUACAAAAUGCUCAACAGGUUAAUAGAGUAUUUUUCUCUCUGGAAGUCUUUACAUAUCUCUUCCUCCAGCCCCAGCCUAUUGUUUGUCUUCUCCUGGAGUAGAUGAGCAAUGUGCCUCCUUUUCUACCCCACCCCACGAGGGGACCAGCCGGCGAGCACUCAUCCUCUAACAUCCCCAGUUCUGUGGCCUCCGGUCCCUUGAGGACUUGUCCGAGGACAUCACACUGCUGGCUGUAGCGCCCCUUUUCCCUGAGAGUAAGCCAUGCCCCCAGCUCCAGCUUUCUCUACCCCGUCCAUCCUUUGAGCUGAAUAGCCCCUCCGAUGACCGUGGAUUACCAAGGAUGGGCUUCUGCAGCCACUCGGAGGGAUCCAAACGGUGGCCUAUGCACUUCAGCAUUUCGGAAACUCUGAGGAAUCACAGGCAUCUGUAGAGUCACUCAAUACAGGAGGUGUCGGGAGCAUUUCUUUCUGGAAGGGUAGCACUAGGCUUUGUACCAGGAACCCUCCGGAUCGCUCCCUCCCUGCCCUCAGCCUUGUGCAGACCAUCUGUGCCCUUGCUGCAUGGCUUGCUCAGGCCUGUACAGGAAGGGAAGUCAGGAAAAGGUGAGCCCAGCCACCAGCCACAUAGCUCUCGCUCUCAUCCCCUUAGCGAGAAACACAUUUCCGUCCUGGCCUCUUCCGAAUUCAGAAACUAGCCUCCACACAUCCAGCAGCGUUCAGAGCCAGAGCCUGAGUCAGAUGCCUGGGGGGGACUGCUGCUGGUUGGGGAGCUGUGUCUCCUGUAGCCACGUGUGACCUCAUCACCUGGGUCCCAUCAGUCUACCUGUGUGCCCUUUGUCCACUGUCCAUUUCCAUUUGCCUGAAGGUCUUGAAGCUUAACAGGACAUUUUAAUUAGUCUCCAGGGCAAGGCUGCCCUGUAGGAAUUCACUGGGAAAGUUUAAGCAACAUUUCAAUAGUUGUUGAAAUAUUCCUAUUCUCUCAAAAAUUUCUAAAGCGGUUACAGACAGCAUCUGAUCCUGUUUCUACUUAUUAAAAUGUUACCUCCUGGUUGUCCAGGUUUUUCACUGUGGGGAACGUGGCCCAGGAAUGUCUGGGAAGAUUGUCUAGUUGUUGCAGCCCUGAAAUGUGUAAAAUGCUUCGGUUCUCUCUCUGCUGCAGUAAACGAGUACAUAAGAACGGA